AUGGAGGAGAUGAUCAAGAACUUGGCUGAGCUGAAGCCCUUGAAAGAAUGCGACACCACAUUGGAAGUCACACCUUCGUCAAGCCGGGCAGCCUCGACAAAGUCGACCAAGCGUCAGACUUCUUCUAGCUCGGACACUUCAGAGUCAGAUGCUGAGAAUAAGAAACACGCAGCGGAGAAGCUUUGUGGUCUACGCAAAAUCAACGCAGUAUCAGCUACUGAUGAACUUGAGUCACAUAUAAUGACAACAAAGUUAGGACAGUGA